AUGGACUCUUAUCAAAUAUUAGAGCUUAUAGGCUCUGGUUCAUAUGGUAAGGUGUAUAAAGCUCAUAGCGUGCUGACAAAGAAGUCUGUAGCACUCAAGGUCAUAUCAGUGAUGAAUAUGGAGAAUGGCGUACCAGUGGAGGUCAAGUACCUGAGUAAGCUGAAGGAUUGUAAUAAUAUAGUUCAGUUGACCGAUCACUUCUACACCAAUGAUAACAAACUUGUGCUCGUCUUUGAGUAUAUCGAAUACGACCUGUGGAAGUUCAUCUCACCAAAGAAGAACACUAUGUCAUUGGCCUGCAUCAAGUACUUUGUUGGACAGCUACUCAACGGCCUGGAACAGUGCCACGACAUGAACAUCAUGCACUUGGACAUCAAACCAUCCAAUCUACUCAUUGACUCUAGGUUUAACUUGAAGUUGGCGGACUUUGGCUUCACGACAUUUCAGGGCAAUCCCAAUCUCACCAAUCAGGUGAUCUCAUUGUUCUAUCGUCCACCCGAGUUGCUGAUGGGCGUCAAGGAGUAUGGCACCGAGGUGGACAUUUGGAGCGUCGGUUGUAUAAUGGCCGAGAUGCUCAGUGGCGGCUAUCUGUUUGCCGGCAGCAACGAGGAGGAUCAGCUCGAUCUGAUAUUCCGAACGUUUGGCACACCCACCGAGCAGAUCUGGCCAGGCGUGCGCUCGUUGCCCGGCUUCCAGCCUUACAAGCGACGUCGCUACGCUCAGAAGCAGAUACGCGACCUAUCCACCAUCAACUACCACAGCGAGGUCACACUCGACCUGCUGAGUAAGUUGUUGGUGCUCAAUCCAAGGAAGCGCAUCACGUGUCGCCAGGCGUUGAAUCACCCGUGGUUCAAGGAGUCGCCAUCCGCGCUGCCGCCCUCACAAAUGAUCACCGCAUCGCUCACCACGCGUCCUGUCAAGCUCGCCAAGAUCAACUCUCCCCUGCCCAUCUCCAAGCGUAUCCUAUCACAAUUCUUUGUCAACAACAAUCAACAGCCACAACCUAUACAACCGAUACAACCUAUACAACAACAGCAACAACAUCGACCAUCUCAACAACAACAACCUCAGCAACAAUAUAUAGCACAACAUGGACAACAACUACUACAACAUCAACACAAGAAACAACAACCUCAACAACCUUAUCAAUAUAUAACACUACUACAUCAUCAACAACAACAACAGCUACUACAACAGCAACAACAGCAACAACUACUACAACACCAACAUCAACAUCAACAAAGACAACAACAAAGACAACAUCAGUUGGAUCAAUCCAAUGUAUCUUCACCUAGUGAUGACUAUCAAUCACCAGACACAAUCACCAGCUCGUCAGACUUGGACGACAUCUCAUCGUUUGACGCGUUCUACGAGUCGUCGCCAAGCAGCGGCGGCUCCUACUCUGAACCGGAAUUCGAACUAGCCACCUACUACAACAUGAAGCGCAAGUCUAGCUAUGCGACCUCGGCCUACUCAGCCUCCUCGCCACCAUUCAAGCGAUAUCGACCAAUGAUGGAUGUGGGCGACACAGUCAACAACCCAAUAGUCAUCGAGUAG